CGCUAUAUAGAGGGGCUGGGUGCAGAGCCCUGGGCACAGGUACCUGGGGGAACUCGCUUGGUGUCUGCAUACAGCUCAGAGCAAUGGGGAACAGUGGCUUCUCGCUCCUCACCCUGGCAUUGGUGACUCUUGCUGCUGCGGCACAGGAAAAGUGCGCCCUGUCUGGGACCUGGACCAGUAGUCGGGGCUGCCGGAUGCUCAUCUUCGAGCUCAAAGAUGGGGCCUUCUCCGGCUUGUACCUGCCUCAGAAGGCAAUGGUCCCCCACAACGAUGUCCUGGCGUCGCCACUGCGGGGAGCCCAGCACGACACCAGCUACAAGACCCAGCCCAGCUUUGGCUUCACCGUGCACUGGCAUUUCCAAGAGUCCCCGGCAGGGGCGACGACCGCCUUUGUGGGCCAGUGCUUCGUGGACAGUGAUGGGGAGGAGACGCUGAGGACCGCAUGGCUGCUGCGAGAGGAGGCUGCCGCCGCCAGAGAAGACUGGAAAGCCACCAGGGUCGGCACCAACGUCUUCACCCGCGUCAAGUGAGGGAAGCAGGGGACCUGAGCAGCGACGGUGCAGGAGUGCUGCAGCCCCGCGGAGCCAGGCCCAGCACCAGGGCUCUGGUCCCCGGAUCCUGAACCUCCCUGAGCCUGUCUCCACGCUGUCGGGGCUGCGCUGGCUGCAGCGUCUCCCUCCUCUCCGCCUCCCCCCAGCACUGCUCCUGCCCCCACGGGCCGUGUCCCCGCGUGGCGAUGGCUCCAGCCACAGACAUGUCUCGUGUCACUGCUGCUCUGGGCCCAGGGCUCACACUCCAGCCCGGCCCAGCCCCACCUGCCCCAAGGGUGCCUCAUUCCCCCCAUAAACCAAGGCUGUUGGGGGUCACCCGGUUUGCUCCUUUCCUCACCUGGCAGCAGAAACAUCGCCAUUUCUGGGUCUCUUGGCGACAUCGGCACCGGGCCUUGAAUAAACGCAUUCGGGCGAA